CCAGUGUGAACGCCGCUGCUGUCACAGUCGAACCCUCCGGAGCGAUCGCACCAUGGACGGAGCAGCCGCCGUCAUGCUGUCCGCACACUGAGCGGAAUAACAUCUGGAGUCAACUUGGAUUUUGUGCUGUUGUCCUGUGGCUUUGGGAAGAAACGAGGCGAGCUGAGGGAAAGAGUUUGGACUUCACACAGAGCAGCUGGACUGCAGACAGAGAAGACAGCAGAAGACAGGAUGGGGAGCCGGGGCCACUACCGGUACCACUGGCAGAGCCACAAUGUCAAACACAGCGGCGUGGACGACAUGGUGCUGCUCAGCAAGAUCAAUGAGGACGCCAUUGUGGACAACCUCAAGAAGAGAUAUAUGGAUGACUACAUCUUUACGUAUAUCGGCCCUGUGCUCAUAUCUAUCAACCCCUUCAAGCAGAUGCCGUACUUUGGAGAAAAAGAAAUUGAAAUGUAUCAGGGUGCUGCUCAGUAUGAGAACCCUCCUCACAUCUACGCUCUGGCAGACAACAUGUACAGGAACAUGAUGAUCGACCGUGAGAACCAGUGUGUCAUCAUCAGUGGAGAGAGCGGAGCAGGGAAGACUGUAGCAGCCAAAUAUAUCAUGGGCUACAUCUCCAGAGUGUCAGGGGGUGGACCCAGAGUACAGCACGUCAAAGACAUCAUCCUGCAGUCCAACCCGCUGCUUGAGGCCUUUGGCAAUGCCAAGACAGUGAGGAACAACAACUCCAGCAGAUUUGGGAAAUACUUUGAGAUCCAGUUCAGCUCUGGUGGCGAACCAGACGGAGGGAAAAUCUCCAACUUCCUUCUGGAGAAAUCACGUGUCGUCAUGAGGAAUCCUGGGGAACGGAGUUUCCAUAUAUUCUAUCAGUUGAUAGAAGGAGCCAGUGGCGAGCAGAAGAACAGCCUGGGAAUUACAAGCCUGGAUUACUACACUUACCUCAAUCAGUCUGGUUCCUACAAAGUGGACGACAUCAACGACAAGAGCGACUUCCAGGAGACAAUGCACGCCAUGGACGUGAUCGGCAUCAUAGCUGCGGACCGCGCCAUGGUGCUGCAGAUUGUGGCCGGAGUCCUGCACCUGGGAAAUAUCACUUUCAGGGAAUCAGGCAACUACGCUGCUGUGGAGAGUGAAGAGUUUCUAGCCUUUCCUGCGUUUCUGCUCGGCAUUGACCAGAACCGCCUGAAAGAGAAACUGACGAGCCGGAAGAUGGACAGCAAGUGGGGGAAUGCAGUGGAGUCCAUCGACGUGACACUGAAUGUGGAGCAGGCGUGUUACACUCGUGACGCCCUCUCAAAAGCCCUGCAUUCACGCGUGUUUGACUACUUGGUCGAGUCCAUCAACAAAGCCAUGGUGAAGGAUCAUCAGGAGUUGAAUAUCGGGGUGUUGGACAUUUAUGGAUUUGAAAUUUUCCAAAAAAAUGGAUUCGAGCAGUUCUGCAUCAACUUCGUAAAUGAGAAGCUGCAGCAGAUUUUCAUCGAGCUGACUCUGAAGGCAGAGCAGGAGGAAUAUGUGCAAGAGGGCAUCAAGUGGACUCCCAUCGAGUACUUCAACAACAAGAUUGUCUGCGAUCUUAUCGAGAGCAAAAAUCCUCCAGGCAUCAUGAGCAUCCUGGAUGAUGUGUGUGCCACCAUGCACGCGGUGGGCGAGGGAGCCGACCAGACCAUGCUGCAGAAGCUCCGAGUCCAGAUCAACACCCACGAACACUUCAACAGCUGGAACCAGGGCUUCAUCGUCCACCAUUACGCCGGAAAGGUGUCCUACGACGCAGAGGGUUUCUGCGAGAGGAACCGAGACGUCCUUUUUACUGACCUCAUUGAGUUGAUGCAGAGCAGUGAAAUUGCUUUCAUCAGAGCACUGUUUCUAGAAAACCUCAAUGCUGAGAAGAAGGGUAGACCCACAACUGCAGGCAGCAAAAUAAAGAGACAAGCCAAUGAUUUGGUGAGCACACUGAUGAAAUGUACUCCACAUUACAUCCGCUGCAUCAAGCCCAAUGAAACCAAGAAGCCCAGAGACUGGGAAGAGAGCCGAGUGAAGCACCAGGUCGAGUAUCUGGGUCUGAAGGAAAACAUCAGGGUGAGGCGUGCUGGCUACGCCUACCGCAGAGUCUUCAGGAAGUUCCUCAACAGGUACGCCAUCCUGACUAAAGAGUCCUGGCCAACGUGGCGAGGAGACGAGAAACAAGGCGUCCUUCAUCUCUUACGCUCUGUCAACAUGGAUCAGGAUCAGUUCCAGCUCGGUCGCACCAAAAUCUUCGUUAAAGCCCCAGAGUCGGUACGUUUGUCGUCUGCCAUCCACCAUGUGUCCAUCAUGUCUUCUGCUCUUUUGCACUUUCCAGGCACUGCCAAGAGGGUCCCCAUCCCCCCACUCUGCCAGACUGAGAGUCCAAGUCAUUGA